AUGGCACCAGAAAUAAUCUUUCUCGCUCUAUUAUCCAUACUCGCUGGCGCGGCAGACUCAGCCACAUGGAAUUUUACCCGCUGCGUGAAAUCAUGUCAGUGCUAUUCCGAGAAUAACGUCAAUAUUUUGGACUGCUUCAAUUCUUCACUGGAGUUAUUUCCUGAGCCGGAGUCGAUCCCGUCUGAUGUGCACCUAAUCAAUCUAUCACAUAAUUCCAUUCGUUUCAUUCCGGAUAGCUAUAUGUUUUGGCAUCCUGAAUGCGUGGUACUGGAUAUUUCGUACAAUAAACUGGGGAAUUUGCCAAAUUUUGAAGGUCUUUAUCGCUUGAAGCAGUUGAAUUUGGCAAAUAAUUCACUCCCUUACCUUCCGAAAAAUGGAUUUGCACCGUUGAUUUAUCUAGAAGAACUCCAUCUGGAGGCUAACCAGAUAGCGUUUAUUUCUCAGUGUGCUUUUCAAAACUUGUAUUCUCUGCGGAAAUUGGAUCUAAGCUGGAACAAGCUCCAAAAUCUACCUUAUUUAAUUGAUCUUCAAAAUCUGCAAGAAUUUUACGCCGAUGGAAAUUUGAUUGAAAAUCCAGAAUGGAAAUUCCUGGAUUUACCAAGCCUACGAAGUUUAUCAAUGGCUUGGAACAAUUUGUACCAGCUUGAGCCGCUCGCCCUGCAAAACGUCCUGAAACUUGAAUCGCUAAAUUUAGCUCAUAAUCAUUUUUCAAUAUUACCAAGGAAUUUUCUGCAACCAGUUGCUGCAACACUAAAGAAAAUUGAUCUCAGCUUCCUGCCAAUCGACAGUAUUAGUAGCGGCGAUUUUCUCAACUUGCAUGCGCUCCAGGAAAUAGACUUAUCCAGCAAGUUUUUCCGCUAA